GUAGUACUAACAGUGGCCGCUGGAGGCGCAAUGUGACUAGAGUAUUUUUUGUUCAAUGGUCAUACGUUUAUUUAGUUCACUGAUUAGUCCGCCUUGCGCCUCAGCAGUGACGGUCUCCCGUUCGUAAUUUGUUAUUUUUCUCCAGCGCUAAACGCUGGACAAAUCCAAUUAAAUUAGUGCAAAAUGAGUUCCAAAGAGAACGUAACACCCGGAACGAAGUCACAAUCAGCGAAUGCCAAACCCUACGGCAAAAUCGUCCUCACACUUCAGAAUUGUCUCCUGCCAGAGGAGAAACUCAAGUCGACUCCGUCGCAUUUGGACGGUCUCGACGCUGAAACCGAGACUGAUUUGAGAAUUCUGGGAUGUGAGCUCAUACAAACGGCUGGCAUUCUGCUGAAAUUACCUCAGGUUGCGAUGGCUACAGGCCAGGUGAUCUUCCAGAGAUUUUACUACAGCAAAUCUCUCGUGAGACAUAAUAUGGAGACAACAGCCAUGGGAUGUGUCUGUCUAGCUAGUAAAAUUGAGGAGGCACCACGAAGGAUACGAGACGUCAUCAACGUUUUUAAUCACAUAAAACAAGUGUCCAGUCAAAAAUCAAUAACUCCAGUAAUCCUCGACCAGAACUACGUAGGCCUGAAGAAUCAAGUGAUUAAAGCAGAGCGUCGAGUGCUGAAGGAAUUGGGCUUCUGCGUUCACGUCAAGCAUCCCCACAAGAUCAUCGUGAUGUACCUGCAGGUCCUGGGAUAUGAGAAGAACCAGGAGCUCAUGCAGAAGUGUUGGAACUACAUGAACGACUCUCUGCGCUCCGACGUCUUCCUACGGCAUCAUCCUGAGACAGUGGCGUGUGCCUGCGUCUACCUGGGUGCCAGACAGCUGCGAUUGCCCCUCCCAACGUCACCGCCUUGGUUCUCCCUCUUUAAAGUCGAUGAAACCUCCAUCAGAGAUGUCUGCAGAAGGAUUUUGAGGCUUUACACUCGCCCGAGAGUGCGUCCAGAGGAGCUGGAGAAGAAAGUCGAGGAGUUGAGGAGACAGUACGAGGAGGCCAGGUCCAAGGCCAGGGGGAAUGACGCUGAUGGACAUACGCCCAGUCCACCGCUGCCUAAGCAUCAUAAUGCAUGGGGGGGAUUCAUCAGCAGAAGUGGAACUCAUGCAGUCCCUGAAAGAGCUAAAUCACCUAGAAAAUCUAAAUCAUCGAUAACGACAUCGUCAUCCAUUGCUCGAGAGGAGUCAAGUACGAAGCACUCGAAGAAGAAGAGGUACGCGAGUCGAAGUAGAUCGAGGAGUAACAGCCGAGGGAGAUCCAGGAAGCCAAAGAAAACCUCAAGACGCAGUUCUGGGAGUCGCAAGUACAGAAGAAGAUCACGAAGCUGAUCGAAAUUAGGGAAAUUAAAGUGAAUGCAUACAUUAUCAUAAUUCUGUUUCGAAUCAUGGAAAUUUGUGCAAGACUUUUUGGUCAAAAGCCCUUUCCUUUUUGUAUAUAAAAAUAAAUAUCGACUAAACAUUUCUCA